AUGAACCAGGAAGACGCGCGACUGCUUAAAACACAUGGACGGGCGCUUGGUCAAAAACGAGCCGUGGUGCCGGUCGGGCUGACGCGGACGAGGAGCACCUGGUCGUCAUGUAGCGACGAUGCUCUAGUCUUAGCGUUGUUGGCGGCGGGUGCAUCUCCUCAAAUUAUGGUCAUGGGGCCCACGACCCUCUGGCCGUAUGGCAUGGACAGUCGACCAAUCAUCGUGACGAAGCAAGCUGCUGUGGAGCUGACCGUUGGGAUGCCGGUGAUGCAGAAGCUCGGGUAUAGUGAGCAGACGCUAUUCGAGAACUGCGCUUCGGCAGCAUGCGCCAUCCAUUGGACCCUCCGCAUGGAAGAGCUGGUCGACGAUAUUGACGACGAGGAAGGCAAGUGUUGCGCGACGCCAGAAUUGGGGACGAUACCUAGCCUGGUCUAG